AUGGCGGCCAGAGCAACCUUGCCACCGUGGAGCACCAUCGCGACCAUGACAGCAGCGGCAGCCGCCACUAUAGUGGCCUGUGGGACAGCUCAAGAUAGAGCCCAGAUCGUGGCCUAUGCAGCACUAACCCAGCCCCUCCUGAGCCUAGUCCAAGAAGCUGUUGUAGCAGUUGGGAGCGUUGAUGAACUGAAACACAAGCUUCUCUGCAAAAUAUACGAACUAGAUACAGUGAAAAUGAUGGCGAAAGAGGAGGUGAGCAAGAACGAAGAAAUCAUGAAGCAGUUAUUUCAACUCUGGCAGAUUACUUGCCAAGAAAGAGAUGAAGCAAGAACCCAGUUGCAGAAACUUGUGAAUAAGUUAGUGCCAUCAUCCAUACCAGAUGAUCAAACUUCAAUCCUCUCACCACAACUCAAUAUCAAAAACCCGAUCCCCCAAAAAACCCUAGACCCUCCUAUGCUCAAGGAAUCAGAUAGUAAUUUUGUGCCCUCCCAAUCUUACAACUUUCAUGCCCUUGGUUCAUAUCCCACAAAGAGCAACUUGGGUUCUCCUAUCUCCUUCCCAGGCCUACAGCCUAAUCCAAACUUUCUGGAUUCGGACAACUUGGGGUUUACGAAAAAUGUUGUUCCCGUGGGUUCGAAGAUCGAUUUUGGUUCAGUUCUUAUUGACAACAUUGCUAGAGUGAGACCACUGCCCAAAAAAGGAAGACUAAUGCAGGCUGUGAUGGAAGCUGGCCCUAUACUACAAACACUUCUUGUUGCACCUCUUCCCAAGUGGAGAAACCCUCCUCCUCUCCCCUCUUUUAAGAAUCCGCCAGCGCUCGUUAAUGGAGGUGAUCAUUGUGCCUCAUUAGUAGAUCAGAAAGAGGAGUUUGAUUCGUUUCUUGCGGCGUGGAUUUCGUCAAGUGGGUCUGCUUCAUUCCUUGAGAGUUCACCUGGAUUUUCUCAGAUACCAUCUUCUUCUGUGUUGAAUUUCGCUCGUGGUUCGGCAUGUUUGAGCAAUGGGAUGGAAUUGCAAUUUGGGAACAACAAUGCGGAUGCCAUGCAGUUUCAGGUUGCAACUGGUAAAAGAAGAAGGUUUUGA